CAGUAGCAGCUAGAUGCACAUAAUUAUGCCUCGUCUCCUUCUCGCGCGGAUCGUUUGCGCAGCUGAACACGUGUGUGGACUCGAGUCCAGACACCUGACAGAGUUCCUGUAUAAAAUGGUCUUCUUCACCUGCCAUUCUUGUGGGGAGUGUGUCAAAAAAGCCCACGUCGAAAAACACUACCUGACUGAAUGCCACAGCUGUGAAGUGUUGUCAUGCAUGGAUUGUGGCAAAGACUUUGUAGGCAAUGACUAUAAAUACCACACGAAAUGCAUCUCGGAAAACGAGAAGUACGGAGGGAAGGACUACAGAGCGACUGCCAAACCAAACAAGGGAGAAGUCAAACAGUCACAGUGGAUUGAGUCUGUUCAAGCAGUAAGUUCCUCACAAUCUACCAAUCCCAGAGUCAGAAGUUUGUUGAACCGUUUAGCUGAUUUCAACAACAUCCCACGGAAAAAGACCAAAUUUGAGAAAUUUAUCCAAAAUAGCCUGAAGGUGUGGGAUGCUUCACUGAUCGAGCAGGUGUGGGCUGUAUUCAGUGAAGCAGGUAACAAACAGAAAACUCAGACUGAAGACAAGUCGUUGGACAAAGUUGCUCAACCAGAGAGAGAAAUUCCUGAAGAGGGACCUCUGAAUGGUGAGGCCUUAGGUGGACAAUCAAAUAAACAUUCUAAGAAGAAGAAGAAAGACAAGCAUCAGGGUGAACAGAACAAGUCUAAGGAUGGCUUGGAGGAUGAAAGCACAGCAAGAGGAUUACUGGAUGAGGGUGGAUUUGACAAGCAGACUAAACUGCGAGAGGGUAACUCAUCAAAGAAGAAGAACAAAAAGAAAAAAGACAAGGAUCAGGGUGAGUGGCACAAGUCUAAGGAUGACUUGGAGGUUGAGAGUUCAGUAAGAAGGUUGCUAGAGGAGGGUGGAUCUGACAAGGAGACUGAAUUGAGAGAGGGUGACUCAAUAAAGAAGAAAAAAAAGAAAAAAGACAAGGAUCAACAUGUUUCUAAGAAUGAAAUCACAGAAACGUUAGAGGAUGAAGGGCUGAGUAAUUUUGACAGAAGUUUAAGCAGUGGAUUCGAGCAAGAUGAAGCAGAAUCAUCCAGAAAGAAGCAAAAGAAGAAACGCAAAAAAGGUCCGACUGAUGAAGCACAAGAUGUAGCGGAACAGAGAUCUGAAGAAAGAGUGAUUGAGAAUCAGACUGAGCAUAAACAGGAUGGAAAAUGCUCAAAGAAGGACAAGAGGCAAUACAAGAAGGAAUCUAAUGGAGGACAUUUGGAAGAGGAGCUGAAGGUAGAAUCAGCCAGUGAGAGAGCAGAUAGUGAUGGAAAUGGGGAAGGGAAAGGGCUGGGAAGGAAAACAGGGGGGAAAAGGAGGAAAACAAGCUCUGAUCAAGUGAACGGGGAUGGAAAGAUAAAGAAGUCAAAGAGACACAGCAAUGAACUUGUGGCGAGUGAUGAGAUUGAAGAUGGUGUUCUGGAUGGGUUACUUUUUAUGGGUGGAAGAGUAAUGGAUGGCUUGCUCCUUGCGAGUGAAAAGAAAAAGACAGUGAAGAAAUCAAGACAUGCUUCCCCAGUUUGGAAAGGAGGUGAUGCUGAUAAGGUUGAAAAAAGUGAAGGUAGUGCCUUUUGUGUAAGUGAAAAGAAAAAAAAGAAAACAUCCAAACAUAAAGAUAGUAGUACAGCUGACAAAGAAGGAACUUGUGAUAGGUCUGAAAAGAAAAAAUGGAAGAUUUACAGUGCGGAUGUGAACCCAGAAGAUAUUGACCAAGUUGAGCUAACAGGAAAAAAGAAAAAGAAGAAAAAGCAGAAUUCAGAAUUCGAAAUUGGUGUCGGAAUGGAAAUGCACCCUACAAGAAAAGAUGAGAUAGGAAAUACCAAACAAGGUACUUUACAAAAAAUUGAACAUCAAACGAAAAAGACCAGAAAGAGAAAGCAUGAGGUAGACGCCGUAUCUUCAAAUGAGACACCAGUUAAAAAAAAACAAGCUAAAGAUAAGAAGAAACAGAUAGCUCACAGAAAAAGACAUAAAAAGAAAAGUCACUAAAACUGUUACACAACUCAUUUGGAAGCGGAUGUUUUCCUGAAAUUCUUACGCUCCUAUUUUUAAAACAGAUUUUUUGACAUACUUCCAAUAUCCAGUGUAUGACCUACUCUGGUGUGGACAUUCUGUACUUUAAAGGUUUAAAAAGUUUGUAGGCCAAAGAGUAAUUUAUAAUUAAUGGAAGGGUAUAAACUGAAUGAGAUUGAAGGUGCUGCAGCAGAAUGUCAGCUUAUUUGCUGAAGAGUCUGUAAGUGGAUUGUCUGUAUAACACAGAUUGUGUCAAGUAACAGUUUCUAAAAAUGGUUUACAGUAAAUGAGUUUUCACCUCGUGCUAAUGAGUCUUGGGGAUCAUUACAUCAUAGUCCAUUAACCCUUACCCUCCUCAAUCCUUCACCUGUUGGAGGACUGAGGAGUGUUAGGGUUAAGAAUGUUCAUGGACACGGCUACUGUAACAUAAACCUGUCGGCAGACAUACCUGCACUUUGAAAUGCUCGUCGACGACAAACAUACUAGUCUUUUUACCAGUUCCGAGCAUGCACGCAUUGUUCUGAGCAUGCAUACAUAGUUCUGAGCUUGCGCAAUAACUUGGAAAAGGAGCAUUGUCUGCUGCCACCAGCUUUUCAAAGUCUCCCAUUGUCAGUAAGCCGGGACAUUCAUAUAGGCUGAGUUAGAGUUGCUUUGAAUUGUAGUUCGUUCUAUUUUUGUAUAUUAAUGAAUAAUUAUGUACCAUAAGGAAAAACAUUUCCCAAACAAAAAUAGGUUAGUACCCCUUCGAGCACCUGAAAUGGUGUACAUGUAUUUGUAGAUUCCCAAAUUUUCCGUUUGAAAUAUUUUUUCAUUUCCAUAUUGCAUUUCAUUAUUUUCUUUAAAUAGACAUUUAAAACAGCCAAUUUUCUUGUCUUUGCCCUUCAUCUUUGUCAGUGUCUUUUUUUAAUAUUUUGGGCUUUCUUAAGUAGACAAACAAAAAUUGGGACACACAUGAUCUGUUGUUUUUCCAUGAAUUUUAUUCAUCCCCUUAAUUCUGAGUGUCCCUACCUACAUCAGAAAUAUAUGCUGCUAUUCUACUUUAAAUACCCUCCAAUGCUGCAUUGUUGAAUUCAGUGGCCCUAUUACAUUGAUUUUAAAUUUAUAUUCAUUUCAGAAUUCAUAAUUACCGGUAAGUUCAAAUAUUUUCCAAAUGAUUUCCACGUGAUGUCCCAUAUAUAGAUUUCAAAGACAUUUUUGUUUUUUUACUUUCUGCUGCAAUUCAAAUUGACUAAAGAUUUUUACCAAGCUAUUUGUUCUAAAUUUCAAGCAUAUGAUGAGAUUAAUGUAUUUCACUGGUAUUAGCAUAAUUAUGUUGUCAAAAAUAGCAAACCUCUUUGAGCUGAAAAGAAAAUCCAAGUUGCAGAGUCUAAAAUUCCUAUGUUUCUAUCAAAUUUCAAUUACCAGAUCUUGAUUCAGGUGAAAGUCAGAGAAAUUACUCCAUCAAAAUUGUCAAUGAUCGGAGUGUUGUACAUUCUAUACAGAUUUUUGAUCAUUUUUUUGAGUAACAAAUGUUUUCAAUGAAUUCCCAUGAUUGUGGCAUAGCUUUGCUCGUCCCAAGCAGUUUUUUUAGUUUUAUUUUUUAUUAUUUUUUUUAGUUUUUUUAUUUCACACUUCAACAGAAGUGGGUGCACUUUUCUGAUAUUUUCCAGUGCAUAGAUACUGAUUCAAGUUUUAGUCAACGCCAAGGAUUGUAGCACAGUUAAAUUAUUUUGUUUGGAGUCUUUAGCCUAAAGUUUGACAGGCAAGGCUAUUUUCUCCAAUUCAUUAACUCCAAAGCAAAAUAAAAAUCUAUUCAGAUAUCACAUCA